AUGGAGCUGUAUAGACAGGUGUCGCAUACGACACAAGAAGCGCUCGCACUUCCUCCCAAGUAUUUGCGCAUGUAUGGCGACUUUGUAACCAAGAAUGCCAGCGCCGUCGGCCAGAUUGAGGGUGCUUUGCGCUCCUUGACCUAUAUUCUACCAGGACGGUUCCGCGACACCGAAAUUGCAUCCGAAUCUUUACACUCAAGCGUCCAACUACUUUCUAUAUACCAUGACUCCCUUCUCGCGCGUGCAGUUCAACGUCUACCGGCAUUACAGCGUCCCCAUCCAUCGCCGCAUACUCGUUAUACUCGGUUCUGGGCACAGAAAUCUCCAGCCUACAAACGACUUGCCACGCUUUUGCAAGUAGUACAAUAUACCGAGCUACUGUGUGAGAUGGCUGCAAAGAGAAGGGGUGAGAAGGCGAGAUGGAAAGUUGUCGUUCUUCUUGAAAGUGUCAAGGCUAUGUGCAGGCUGCUUCUUAUGCGUCUGACCAACUCUCGGCCAUUGUUGAACCCACCUCUGCCCGAACGUGAGGCCGACCCGAGCACCUUGGAGGAAAAAGAUGCAAGCGGAUUAGAGUCGCCACCAUCCGAAAAAUCCGAAGAAACUCAAUGGACAAUGCCUAGAACUGGACUUUCUCUACCAACACUGCCGUCCUCUUCCGACAUCUCAGGUUAUCUAUUGUCCAAAGCUCUGACAGCGGACGACAUCAAGCCACCGAAGGCUCUGUUACAUCGGGUGAAUGGCAUGGGCGAACUUGCAGAGGUCCUCUAUAUCCUUCGACCAGUCAUCUACUCUGCGGCAAUGUAUUACUGGGCCACUAAGAACAAGAAGAGCUGGCAACCCUGGGUUUUGGGUGUUACGAUAGAGUAUGGAGCACGCCAACUGGCAAAGAAAGAUCUUCAAGAACGCAGAGCAGGCGGUCUCCGAGCGUUGACAGCACUCGAGAAGGAGGAGUUAAAGAGAAGAGGCUGGAGCCUUGGAUGGUGGCUCAUGAGAGGUGCAUUCUACGAGACCUUCACCAAAGCAUGGAUUCAUGCAGUGACCAACAAACUCCGAAACAAGCCACUGCUUGACAUGGCUGGUGGCAUCAUCGAGGAUUAUGAAUUCCUCUGGGAUCAGUACUAUUUCCCUACAGCAACACUAUAG